AUGGGCUUCAGAAAGCUGAAGGAUCGCAUCAGACGAUCUUUGAGUCCUCCCAAGUCUCCUCGAUCUCCAUAUUCUCUUCUUCAGAACUACUCUCCCGACUCUACCAUCCACCUCCCAACCCCACGCGUCAUCGUUCGACGUAUUUUCAAGAGGGGAGCCUCUGCUCCUCCAGCUCCUGCCUCAUCACUUCCAGUGCAAUCUCUGUGCCCAAUAGAGAUUCAGGCACAGAACAAAGAAGAGCCAGAGACAACAGUCCAGAACCCUGCUCAACCCCCUGUCGACACAGCCGUCAAGCAUCCUGCUCAUCUCCCAGCCUUCUCCAUAUCAGAUCCCGAUACUGAUUCAUACCAUCUCUUAAAUCGGGUUAUUAAUCUUGGAUCUUAUCCAGCGGAGAAAUUAGACCCAAGUCUAGCAUCUGCUCAAUAUCCAAUUCAGAGAGUCCAACCGAAAAUACCAAGUGUCUGGCUCGGAAGCCAGUUCAAACUCCUAUUCAGUGCCCAUUUCUGGCACCAGCUCGAACAGCUACGCCACCAGAAGAAGCCCAUUCAGUAUUCAGCCCACUGCAGUCCCGAUACUACUGCAGAGUCCUGGCCAAUCUCUCCUUCAGAAAUUUGUCAAAAGUUAUGUCCCGUACCCAUUCCGAAUCCAGUGCCAGAGUCUGUUAAGCCCCCCAUUCAGGCAUCAACCCAAAGUCCUACUCAGUACUCCGCUCCAGUACCUACUCAAAUUCACAUUCAGAGCCACGGUCAGCAUUCCGAAAAUAGUUAUCAAGCCCCUGCAGCUGCUGUAAAGAUUCAAGAAGCAGAAUUUGAAGGGUUUGGUGAUGAAUCUCUUCUAUCGACACCUACUACCGUUGUCAACUUCGCUCGUCAUCCCGAACUUAAUUCUCAAGCCCUUGAAGCUACUGUGAAGAUUGAAGAAACAGCCGAAGGGUUUUUUGACGAAUCUCUUCUGUCUACGCCCACCACAAUUGUCAACUUCGACCAGUUUGGGCGUGUCAUUCGACCUAGUCCCUCCUCCUUGUUCCUCCCUUCUUCUAUCCCCUAUGCCACAGAGCCUGCUUUUCCCUUUACCACUCCAGCCAUGUCACGCAAACGAGCACGAUUGGACAUCGGACUUGACACCGGCUUUGACUCGCCGCCGCCAGUAAAACGCCACAGGUCCAGCGAUCGACAAGCCUCCAAUAGUCUCGUUCCAUCAUCAAAGAGAGACAACAAACACAAAAUCAAGAAAGUUGCUGACAACAAGGACCAUGGCGUUGUUGACAAGGUCUCCAAAGUCGAGUUUCGGGGGAAUCAAUCGCCUAGUCUUGUCCCACCUCCAAAGGGAAGUAAGAAGCGCAAGGUCAAGGAAGUUGCUGGCAACGAAGACCUCGAUAUUGUUGACGAAGUCUCCAAGGCUGAGCCUCAAGAGCGUCAAUCACCUAGUCCUCCUACACUGCCCAUUUCGCCUCAAGAUGAGAAACCAAGUCCUCCAAAACGAUCAAAGACUACCCCACCACUCUCUCAGCCCGUUCAAGUUGCUCCUGGCUCUCCUCUUGCCACCGAGAAUGCCACUAACCUUUCCGCCACACAGAAGAGGUCCAAAAAGAAGGCUUCUGACAGGAAAGAUGACUACAAAAUUUCCAUCAAAGAGCGAAAUGACCUGGUAGGUGACGUUACACGAGAAGAGGCUCAGCGUAUGGUCGAAAACAUGAAUGCUCCAUACGACCCAGCAAUCGGGGGUGAGCAACUCGAGUUGUUAAAGAAGCUUUCGGAGCGUGGUGCUACGCCUCUUCUCUCCGGGUACUGGGCCAGAGACUUCUCCACUUUGCCUAAACGACUCUUUACUCUGAUCCUAAAGCAAGGCGAGUCGGCCACAGAAAGUGAGCUCAUAGAAAGUGAGCUGAUGUUCAAGGCACAGGAGAGAUCUGACUUAUACGCCAUCAAGGCUCUCCAAGAUGUCUUCGCUCUCAGUGGACGGGUUCGAGAUUGCACAAAACUGGAAGCUGUCCCUGCUAAAGUUAUCGCAAAGACGAUCACCAAGUACAUGCGAUGGGCCACAGAAAACGCCGGUCUAAAGGCAGCCAAGAAGCCAACAAUCCCGGUUCAUAUCGUCUCUCUCCGAAGAGAAGGUGAUAGCCUUCGUACGCACUUGGCCCGGGCCUCAAGAGAGCUGGAAGACCUUGCAAUUCAACAUCAGAAGUCACAUGGCUGCCAGAGCAUCUGCUGGCCCGUCCUUCUUGCCUUCAUUGUUGCCGGGCCAGUUCUUUGCCUAAUGUCCCUCGAUACUGACCCUUCGUCAGUGAUUUGGUCCAGGCAGCCGACCAGCCAAGCCGAGGGAGCCGAUGCCAGCGAUGAUGAGAUGGCCGCCAUCAACAAUCGGGCCUGUCUCAUGACCCAUGUUGAUCUGUCGGCUGUCGAUAAUGACGUCUGGAACUCAUUGUCGGUUACAAUUGGUGUCGCUCAUGUGAGAGAUACCAUGGUCCGCCUUGCUACCCUCUUCAGGGGCAGCGCUUUGGUUCCUCAGUUCAGGGAUCAGAGUGCUGACCCUGCUGAUGAAGACCAGUGA